CUUCCCCCAUAAACCCUAUUUAUAGCUUCUUGAUCCAAAACCCAUAUAUAUAUUUCAUGUUUCAACUCAUAACUCCUUACAAAAAUUAAAACAAGUUCUUGAUAUUGAUUAUUACUCAAGAUUCAAUGGAAAUUAAUUUUAGCAGCCUUGAUCAUGAAGAGCCAAUGGAACUGCCUCCCGGUUUUCGAUUUCAUCCAACCGAUGAUGAACUCAUAAUUCACUAUUUAUAUAGAAAGGUUUGUGAUGCUUCUUUUGUUAGUCGAGCGAUAGGAGAUGUUGCGUUGACCAGAUUCAAGCCAUGGGAUCUUCCAUUGAGGGCGAAAACGGGGGAGAAAGAAUGGUAUUUCUUUUGUGUUAGGGAUAGGAAAUACCCGACGGGUUUGAGGACGAAUAGAGCUACAGAAAUGGGAUAUUGGAAAGCUACAGGGAAGGAUAAACAGAUUUAUAAAGCGAAAACGCUUGUCGGUAUGAAGAAAACACUUGUGUUUUACAAAGGGAGAGCUCCCAAAGGCGAAAAGACAAAUUGGGUCAUGCAUGAAUUUAGAUUAGAUGGUGAAUUAGCCAUCAAAGAUCUUUCUAAACCAGCAAAGGGUGAGUGGGUGAUAAGUAAGGUCUUUGAAAAGAUUUAUAUGGAGAAGAAGAUUCAGACUAUAAAUCAUGAUGGGUAUGAAAACGAAGUUGAAUUUGAUUCUUCAAACUUGCCUCCAUUAACCGACAUAUCAUCGAGCUCCAAAAUGGAACCAAUCUUUGAUGCUAUCCAAGAACAAAGACCUAAACAUGAAGACUUUAAUCAAGGUUUCAAUAAAUCUAUUGAGUUCAUGCCUUCAAUGACCAACAUUCCUUUGUGGUAUCCAAACACGCAAACGGUUCAAACCAACGAAUACUUACACCACCACGAAUCCUCGAUUCUCUUGACCGACAACGUUAAUCGUUUAAACAUUUUACAAAACCAGAAACUUGAAUUGAGGAAUGAUCAAGAUUACACUAUGGGUUCUGCCGGAUCAGGGGAUCUUAAUUGUUUUUGGAACUAUUGAGGUUGAUAGAAACAUGGGAGUAAAGUAUAUUAAACUUGUUACUAGUUAAUGUUGGUAGAUGAGUUCUUUUUAUUACCCUUUUGCUAUAUUCUAAUGAUCUGAAGGAAAUUAUGGGGAUUGGAACAUGUAAAUUAUGAAGUUGAUGGAUUUUUUUAUUUAGUGAGAUUAUAUGUUACAAAAUAAUUGAA